CUCCACAACAUGGACCCAGGGAACCUUACAGGGGUUUCAGGAUUUAUUCUUCAGGGACUUUCAGAGGAUCCAGAACUGCAGCCCCUCCUAUUUGGGAUUUUCCUCUCCAUGUACCUGGUCACUGUGUUUGCGAACACUCUCAUCAUCCUGGCUGUCAGCUCAGACUCCCACCUGCACACACCCAUGUACUUCUUCCUCUCCAACUUGUCCUUUGUGGACAUCUGUUUACCUUCCUCCAUCAUCCCAAAGACACUGCUGAACAUCCAGACCCAGAGCAAAACCAUAUCCUAUGCAGGCUGUAUCACACAGAUGUAUUUUUUCCUGCUCUUUGCAGGAUUGGAUGACUUCCUCUUGACUGUGAUGGCCUAUGACCGGUAUGUGGCCAUCUGCUGCCCCCUGCACUACAAGGUCAUCAUGAACUCCCAGUUCUGUGGACUUCUUGUCCUGGUGUCCUGGAUCAUGAGUGUCCUGCAUUCCUUGUUACACAGCUUAAUGAUGUUGCAACUGGCCUUCUGUACAGACAUGGAAAUUCCCCACUUUUUCUGUGAACUCAGUCAGAUGCUCCAACUUGCCUGUUUUGACACCUUUCUCAAUAACAUGAUGAUAUAUUCUGUAUCAGCACUGCUGGCUGGUGGCCCUAUUGCUGGCAUCCUUUACUCUUACUCUAAGAUAAUUUCCUCCAUAUGUAGAAUCUCAUCAGCUCAGGGUAAGUAUAAAGCAUUUUCCACCUGUGCAUCUCACCUCUCUAUUGUCUCCUUAUUUUAUUGUACAAGCCUAGGUGUGUACCUCAGCUCUGCUACUACCCAGAGCUCACAUGCAGUUGCAAUAGCCUCAGUGAUAUACACUGAGGUCAUACCCAUGCUGAACCCCUUCAUCUACAGCCUCAGGAAUAAAGACAUAAAUGUGGCCCUGAAAAUACUCUUUCAAAAGGAAAAUAUUCAAUGGCCCAUUGACCUGGGUCUGAGGAAAUGCCCAUGA